GGGAGUGAUAAGGAGGUCAGAAGAUGGAAGAAAAUAUGUGACUCCAAAUCCCAAGGCCACCCCAGGACAUUGAGCUCAGCAGAAUGAACCCAAGAGUGUAUACAUACUUUGAGACCACAGCCUAGACUCCUCUUCUGGCUUCCUAAUUCAGUAGUUAGCCCGGCGAAUAACUCAGUUAACUCGAUGCCCCUGUGCCAUGACCUCUGAGGUGGAGAGCUCAGGUUACUGGCUGUGGCCCCAAAGGCCUAUCGCCCUCUAGACUUUUGACGCAGAGACCGGGACCCCACAGGAUGCUCUGCAUUACUGAGGGCUUGCGUGCCUUUCGGAGACGAGGAACAGCUGACACGUGUGAUACAUUAGUCCUGUCUGCUCUCCUUGGCACUCUGUGGAGCCCCGGGGAGUUUCCCUUUUAAAGAGGUGGCCCUUCAAAGCUGGAGGACUCAGGAGCAAGGCUGUGCAUCUCUCUGGGUUUCAGCCGCAGGACUGAAGCCACAUUCGCACCCCUGACCUGCGUGCGCUCGUGGCCAGCACGGAGGUGCCAAGGCAGCUGUAGAAGCAGACUCCUGGGGACCCUGAAAUGGUGACCAUCUGGUGGUUCUGGUCUCUGCUGGCCAUCUGUGCUUCAGACUCAUUCCGGGACCAGGCAGUGAACAUCAUGAGAACCACACCAGUCAUCGAUGGGCACAAUGACUUGCCUUGGCAACUGCUGUCUUUGUUCAACAACCAGCUGCAGAAACCAGAGGCCAACUUGAACACGCUACUCAAAACCCACACCAACAUCCCCAAACUGAAGGCUGGCUUUGUGGGAGGCCAGUUCUGGUCCGCAUACAUGCCUUGUGACACCCAAAACAAAGAUGCCGUGAAAAGAAUACUGGAACAGAUCGAUGUCAUACACCGCAUGUGCCAACUAUAUCCUGAGACCUUCAUGUGUGUCACCAAUAGUUCAGACAUCCUACAGGCUUUCCAGAAGGGGAAAGUGGCCAGUCUGAUCGGCGUGGAAGGUGGCCACUUAAUUGACAGCAGCCUCGGUGUCUUGCGGACACUCUACCAUCUGGGCAUGCGGUACCUGACCCUCACCCACAAUUGCAACACGCCCUGGGCUGACAACUGGCUAGUGGACAAAGGAGAUGACGAGGCUGAGAGCCAUGGACUGUCACCCUUUGGGAAGCGUGUGCUGAAUGAGAUGAACCGCCUGGGUGUCAUGAUUGACUUGUCCCACGUGUCUGUGGCCACCAUGAAGGAUGCUCUGCAGCUAUCCAAGGCACCGGUCAUCUUCAGCCACUCCUCUGCCUACAGCCUGUGUCCAAGCGGGCGGAACGUACCUGAUGACAUACUGCAGCUGGUGAAGAACACAAGCAGUCUGGUGAUGGUGAACUUCUACAGCAACUUUGUGUCCUGUUCAGACAGUGCCACCUUGUCCCAAGUGGCUGACCACCUGGACUACAUCAAGAAGGUGGCAGGCGCUGGGGCUGUGGGCCUUGGAGGAGAUUAUGAUGGUGUUACCAAGCUUCCUGUGGGAUUGGAGGAUGUUUCUAAGUACCCAGACCUGAUAGCGGAGCUUCUCAGGAGGAACUGGACAGAGACCGAGGUCAGAGGCGUGCUAGCUGACAACCUGGUGCGGGUCUUCUCUCAAGUGGAACUGGUAAGCAAUAACAUGCAAGCUCCUGAGGAAGAGCCUAUCGCCCUGGGUGAGCUGGAUGGCUCCUGCAGGACACACUAUGGAUACUCAGAGGCCCCCAGCAUCCACUUGCAGACAGGGGUCCUGGUGGCCUCUCUGGCUUCCCUGCUCUUCAGUCUGCAUCUUCUGUGACAGCUGAAGGACCAGAACCUCCUCCAGUGCUCUCAGAGUUCAGGGAAGACUGGACAAGCCCAGGGUCCCUGUUGUCCAUGCAAAACCACACCCUUUCCUGAAUAAGCAGUGUGCUUACCUGGGGGACAUCUCAAGACACAGGCAUGCAAUAAACACAAUGAGCCUUUAAGUGCUGAGUAGGUAUGCUGUAUCUCAGCCCUGAAAGGUUUUUCUGAGCAUCUGGAGAGCAGAUGCUGAGAACAGCCCUGUGUGAACAAGACAUGGGAGCACCCGAGUUCUUGGAGGGGAGGCCUAGAAGGAACCCAGAGGUCUGCAAAGGGUCUCACAUGAGCACUGGCUAGUUUGAAAAAUCAUGGUCCAUGUUACAGUGGCUACCUUUCCACCUCACUAUGCAUGUACCACAUGCACAUGAUCCCCUCCCACAACACACAUUGACUCAUGUGCACAAACAUAGACACAUAUAUAUCAUACAUGGGCACGUGUACUCUGACGAAUACCAUAUGAGAGUCACACAUAUCUAUCUGGGUUCUGUAGUCCUGGGAAGGGACCCAGGUAAUCUGAAUCUGGUCCAGCCUUGAAGGAUGGGAUCCAGAUAGGACGGGUGCCUGGACUCUGGGGGGUGUCUCACACAGCUAACAGCAGGUCUUUCCAGAUUCAUAGGGCAGAGGUUGUCUCCUAUGUCCUACCUAGCAUGGUUGUUAGUAUGAAACAGGGCACCAGGCCUUCCAGUGAGGACAUUCAAGGAUGAGUCUUGUGAAUAAACUUGUGAGAGACAGCAUUCACCUGAAUG